AUGGGGGCGCGGGCGGGCACGGCGCUGCGGGCGGCACUGGCGCUGGCGCUGCUGACUGCCGCUCGGCUCGGACCGGCAGGGAGGCGGCGCCGGCAGGCGGAGCUGUUCCUGGAGAAAUAUGGAUACUUCAACCAGCUGGGACCUGGCACACACAGCCCUGCCGAGUUCACCCAGGCCCUGAGGGCUUUCCAGCAGGUCACUCACCUCCGGCCCAGCGGGGUCCUGGACGGCCCCACGCUCCGUCAGAUGGCGCUGCCACGAUGCGGCACAGGCGAUGGGGAGGGUCCCGGUGCCCGGGCACGGCCGGCAGCCUCCGCCCCGCGCCGCAGGCGCACCGCGCAGCACGGCGGGCGGUGGCACAAGCGGCAGCUGAGCUACCGCGUGGUGAACUGGCCGCCGUACCUGCCGCCGCACGGGGUGCGCCUGGCCGUCCGCGCUGCCUUCCAGCUCUGGAGCAACGUCUCGGCACUGCUCUUCUGGGAGGUGUGGGACGGCCCCGCCGACAUCCGCCUCACCUUCUUCCACGGCGACCACAACGACGGCCUCGGCAACGCCUUCGAUGGACCAGGAGGUGCCCUGGCUCACGCCUUCUUCCCGCGGCGGGGGGAAGCUCACUUCGACAGCGCCGAGCGCUGGUCGCUGCGCAGCGGCAAAGGACGCAACCUCUUCGUGGUGGUGGCACACGAGGUGGGGCACACCCUGGGGCUCCAGCACUCCCCUGCCAAGCGUGCCCUCAUGUCCCCCUACUACAAGAAGCUGGGCAAGGAUUUCGUGCUCAGCUGGGAUGACAUCUUGGCCGUCCAGAACUUGUAUGGGAAGCCCUCCAAGGGCUCAGCCAUCCAGCUCCCAGGAAAGGUCUUCACUCACUUCCAGGACUGGAGCUCAGAUCCUUACAGCAUGGACCAGCAGCAGAGGAGCCUCAGUGCCUAUUACUGCCACUCCUUCUUUGAUGCCAUAACUGCUGAUGCAGAUCACACUCUCUACAUCUUCAAGGGCAGCCACUUCUGGGUGGUGCCAGCGAGCGGCAAUGCCAGCGAGCCGCAGCCCCUGGCGAGCCGCUGGCCUGGCCUCCCCUCCAGCAUCGAUGCCACUGCCUGCUCCCAGCUCAGUGGCAAGUUCUACUUCUUCAAAGGUGGCCGCUGCUGGUGCUACCGAGGCUCCGCGCUGCAGGCAGGCUUCCCGCGGCAGUGCAGCGCCCGCGGGCUCCCGCGGCACCCCGACACCGCCCUCCACUUCCACCACCUGCGCCGCUUGGUCCUCUUCAAGGGCUCCAAGUACUUCGUGGCGAGCGAGGAGACCCUCAGCCUGGAGCCCUACUACCCCCGCAGCCUGCGGGACUGGCGGGGCGUGCCCCCUGGCACCGUGGGCGCCCUCACCCACCGCGACGGCUUCGUCUACUUCUUCCGGGACGAGCAGUACUGGCAGUUUGACCAGGCAAAGCUGCGGGUGCUGGCCGCUGGCAAAUGGGCUGCCCAGCUGCCCUGGAUGGGCUGCCAGGAUGCCAACGCUGGGCAGGUCCUCUUCUGAACGGAGCGUGCUGGGAGGGCGGGGGCUGAACCCCACCUCGCCGCCCAGACUCCUGCACAGGCUCUGGAUCCUGCCUGGGUGGUGGUCAGCAGGGACCUGAAUGUUGGAGCUGUGGUUGGUGGAGCAAUGCCCUGGUACAGCAGGGGUGCGGUGGGACACGGCAGCUGCCGGCCCAGCUGCCUCCUGCUCGGGCAGGCAAAGAGCACAAAGGCUGCUGUAAGCCAUGAGGAGGACACGCUCCCCUCCCUGCUCUUUAACCUCAGGAGAUGGCCACACAGCUUCUUCCAGCCUGGGACUGAGCUUUGUGAGGGCUUCAGCUGCUGAGCUCCUGCCACCAGGCAGAGAAGUGCCUUGGUUUGUGCCUUGGGUGGUUUUGAAUCAUGGAAGAGAAUCAUGCAAUUGUUGUGGCUGGAAGAGACUUUCAAGGUCAUUGAAGCCAGCACUGCCAGGGCACCACUCAACCAUGGCCCUCAGCACCACAUCUGCACGGCUUUGAAACCCCCUCCAGGGAUGGGGACCCCACCACUGCCCUGGGCAGCCUGAGCCGGGCUGUGACAGCCCUCAAGAGGAAGAAAUAGUUCCUCGUGGCCAAGCUAAAUCUCCCCUGGGGCAACCUGAAGCUAUUUCCUCCUGUCCUGUCACUUGUUCCUUGGGAGCAGAGCCCAACCCCUGCUUGGCUCCAGCCUCCUCUCAGGGAGCUGUAGAGAGCAAUGAGGUCUGCCCUCAGCCUUCUUUUCUUCAGGCUGAACAACCCCAGGUCCCUCAGGUUCUCCUCCCUAGCCCUGUUCUGCAGACCUUUCAUCACCCAGCACCUUCUUUGCCUCUCUCUGGAUACACUUCAGCCCCUCGAUGUCCUCCUUGGAGUGAGAAGUGCAAAGCUGAACCCAGGAUUUGAGAUGUGGCCUCACCAGUGCUGAGUUCAGGAGGACAAUCACUUCCCUACUCCUGCUGAUCCAGACCAGGCUUCUGAUGGCCUUCUUGGCCACCUGGGCACAGGACUGAGAAUGUUUCCUGGUUAAAACAAAAAGAUAAGAGACAUUUGGACAAAACCACAGGUCCCUGCUGAGCUUUGCCCCCACUGUGUGUACAGAGCUCCUGCUCCUGCCUCCUCCCCUGUCCCAUGCAGAGGUGGUUGACACAGGGGGGACUCCGUCCCCUGCAGGUGCUUUGUUGGGCUUCAUUCUCAUCCCAGCUCUCUGGUGAGGCCCCAGCUGGAGACACCAACCCCAUGGGAUCUAGGGGGGGAAGCAGAAGGGUUUGGUGCUGGAGCCCUUUUGGGGUGAAGGGCUUGGGCAGGCAGAGCUGUGGGGUUACGCUGGGCAGCUGGAGGGCAGCAGGAGCACUGCAGCUUGGCUUGCUGCUGGCUUUGGGAAGGCUGGGGAGGGCUGCUUCGGGGGCUCAUAAGGGUCCUGCUCACCUGCCCACCUUUCCUGGGUGCAGAGCAAGUGUCUGUCCUCUGCUCUGGCUCUGCAAGAGAAGAGAUCAACACAUUUUGGUGUCCUGUGCCACAUUUUGGUGUCCCGUGUCACAUUUUGGAGUCCUGUGCCACAUUUUGGAGUCCUGUGCCACAUUUUUGGAGUCCUGUGCCCCAUUUUGGUGUCCUGUGCCACAUUUUGGUGUCCUGUGCCACAUUUUGGAGUCGGAUGAACAGGUUUGACAGAGCAGUGGGGGAGGUGGGGAAGAGGAGAGGGUGACAGGAGAGGCAGACGUGUCCAUGCAUGCAGGCUCCCCAGGACAGCUCUGCUGCAUGCUCCUCAUUCCAUUCCCCCGGGCAGGCUCCCUACCUGGAAACGCUGCUGCCUGCUCUGCACCCAGCCCCCACCAGGCUCUGCCAGCAGCGGCAGCUCCCUGAGGUUGCUGCUGCCCAGGACAGGGCUCAGCCUUCUCAAAACGCCUCCACUGGAGAGCUGUAAGGGGGGAGCUGGGGGGGCUACUGCUUUGCUGCUGGCUCCCUCAGCACCCGGAACCCCGCAGCGGGCACUGGCAGCUUUGGCACUGGGCUGUGGCUGGUUCCUGCCACGCUGGAGGGCUGUGCCAGGAGCCACCAGGAGCAGCUGUGUGCGUUGGCCACGAGGUCUGGGAGUCAGCCCUUGCUGCAGCAGCUCAGGCUUGGGGACUCCUGCUGCUCACGGCUCGGAAUCUCAGGGGACUUGCACUGUUACCAAAGAGACCAGGCCACCCCCUCUGUGCUUGGAAGUGAGGGGCAAGAUGGUGACAAGUCCUGAGGGCUUGGAUACCCGAGGGCAAAUAAAAGGAGCCUCUGGAGAA